AUGAAAGACAUCCAGCUGCAGAAAGUGGUCCUGGCGCUGGAGCCAUGGACCAGGUACUGUUUUCAGGUCUGGGUGGUCACCGAGAGGUUCGUCAAACACAGCCAGCCCAGCAACAUUACGUGUGAGAGCACCUCAAAGGGUGAGGCCCAUAUUUAUUUAUCUCUCUCUCUCUCUCUCUCUCUCUCUCUCUCUCUCUCUCUGAGUACAAGUCCACUCUGCUCAACUCUUCGUCCUUGGUGUCCCCUUUCCAACCCCAAACCCUCUACAGGCAAGGACAGGCCCUGGGUGGUAGCCCUGGUAACGUUUGUGGUGAUGGCUGUGACUGUGGCCUUGCUGGGUCUGGCCUUCUGGCGCUGCUACAGGGUGGUCAGCUUCCUCAGACCCAAGGCCAAGCUGCCUGGACAUUUCACAGUGGUCAGUAUGGCGCAUGAUCACUGUGUUUUAAUGAAUAAUACACUAUGUGUUUCUUUGUGUGUAGUAACUGUAUCAUGCGUUCUUAUCUAACCCCUAAAUGCCAUGUUCAUGCUGCUGUUUAGAAUUUGAAUUAAAAGAGGACUGUUAAUGAGGCUGUGUCUUUGGCUGAGUUCCAUGUAUCAGUGUGUCCAGUUAUAUCCUGACGUAAUAAUGAAUGGUCUUAAUCUAAUUUCGACAGACUGCUUAAACAUAAAUGAGCAUCUGACCAAAUUACGCAAGAUUUUGGUCCAAGAUUAGUUUUAAAGGCCUUUAAGGAGAUUAUUAACAGUUUGUGCAUAUAUUAUGACAACAUAUUGUGACUUUUUCGUUCGGUUUAGUCUUCGGACAGGGUUUUUUCUGGCUGUUCGUGCACACACAUUUUUUGAGGCAAGCCGAAGUUGGUAGCUGAAGUCUACACACCUUGUCUGUGAUUGCUCAACAGUAGGGAUUCUUCAAUUAAGUGUUUGUUGUCAUUCAACAAGAGAAAUUGUUUUCAUGCACAUUUUUUCACUUGAGAAAUACUGUACCAAACAUUUUAGAUGUAAAAUUGCGCGACUAAGAUCUCCUCUGCAAAAAUGUCAAAAUGAAUGAAAGAUUUCUUGAGUUAUCUUAGAUUAAUUCAGACUAUUAAUUAUAUAAUUAUAUUAAUUCUGACAGGCUACAGCAGCUCAAGAUGGACAAACAGUACUAUUGCCGCUUUUUUCUCGUUUUUUCAAGUUAAGAUAUUUUUAAUGGAGUAUGCGAGCUGACGCCUUUAGUGUGACCAAACUCUUCUCUCCUCUCCCCUCCCCACCCCACCCCAUGCAGUACCUGUUGGAUCCCCCGUGCUCCUCCGUCCUGGCCUUGCAGAACAGCCCCCAGCCUGAUGAGGUGUACCACGAGGUCACCAUCAUGCCUGUGGGGACAGAGACAGAGGAGAGAGAGCUCCCUCUGUUGGACGGAACAACAUGA